GGCGGCGGCGGCGGCGGCCCGCGGUACAGCCUGCUGGCCGAGAUCGGCCGCGGCGCCUACGGCGUGGUGUACGAGGCGGUGUCGGGCCGCAGCGGCGCCCGGCUGGCGGUGAAGCGGAUCCGCUGCGACGCUCCCGAGAACGUGGAGCUGGCGCUGGCCGAGUUCUGGGCCCUGACGAGCCUCCGGCGGCAGCACCCCAACGUGGUGCGCUUCGAGGAGUGCGUCCUGCAGCGGCACGGCCUGGGGCAGCGCAUGAGCCACGGCAACAAGCGCAGCCAGCUCUACCUGCGCCUCGUCGAGACCUCCCUCAAAGGUGAGAGGAUCCUGGGCUAUGCAGAGGAGCCUUGCUACCUGUGGUUCGUCAUGGAGUUCUGCGAAGGGGGAGACCUCAACCAGUACGUGCUGUCCCGAAGGCCCGACCCUGCCACCAACAAGAGCUUCAUGCUGCAGCUGACCAGUGCCAUUGCCUUCCUGCACAAGAACCACAUUGUCCACAGGGACCUGAAGCCAGACAACAUCCUGAUAACUGAGAAAUCUGGCACUCCUGUGCUCAAGGUGGCUGACUUCGGGCUGAGCAAGGUCUGUGCUGGCCUGACUGCUCGGGGCAAGGAGGGUGGGCAUGAGAACAAAAAUGUGAAUGUGAACAAGUACUGGCUGUCCUCGGCCUGUGGCUCUGAUUUCUACAUGGCACCCGAGGUGUGGGAGGGACACUACACUGCCAAGGCUGACAUCUUCGCCCUCGGCAUCAUCAUCUGGGCCAUGAUUGAGAGGAUCACUUUCAUUGAUGCCGAGACCAAGAAGGAGCUGCUGGGGACUUACAUCAAGCAGGGGUCUGAGAUUGUGCCCGUUGGGGAAGCGCUGCUAGAAAACCCAAAGAUGGAGCUGCACAUCCCUCAGAAACGCAGGACUUCCAUGUCUGAGGGGAUCAAGCAGCUCUUGAAAGACAUGUUGGCUGCUAACCCACAGGAUCGACCUGAUGCCUUUGAGCUUGAAACCAGAAUGGACCAGGUUACAUGUGCUGCUUAAAUUCAGGGCAGAGCACCACUGUGCUUUGCAGCUGGAUUUGUUUACCAGGGACCCAUAACCUCCAUUAUUUACAUGCAGCAAGGAAGUCAAAGAUAAGGGAAGAUGAUGAUACAGAAGAUCCCUGGUCUACAGGAUCUCCGGCAAUGUGAAAUGUUUGGUGUUACUUUUUUAUGUUGGGAAGGGGUGUUGUGGGGGUGUGGGAGGGGGCUGCAGGGGCCUGUGGAAGAACACAAGCUGGCAGCUGUCACACUCAUGAGACUUUGAAACAAGAUCCAGAGAGCAGAGCUGCCCUUGUCCAGCCCUCCCCAUGUCUCCUGUGCUGCUGUUUGACUCAGUAGGUGUUUCUAGGAAUGUGGUUCUGUAAGGAAGUGGGAAUCUGCAGCCUGAUGGUGAGGUGUGCUGCCAGGCACCAGCUCAGAGUCCAGCUGGGCACAGUUUUUGGGUUCAAAGGUAUUGAUUUUGCCUAGGGAAAAUGGGAACAAAGUGAUGGCUAGGUUUGCAUUGGGAGUGCAGUGCUUUAGGAAAAAUGAGUCUCUUGGACCACAUGUUGAAGCAGCUAAGUAACUUCAUAGCCAGGCAGCUCCUGAAUAGGUGGUGCUGCCCUGGCUUGUGAGCAGCUGCCAUUAGGAUAGAGUAGGAUAAACAAGCUGGAAAGCCAUUUGGCAAAGCAGGUCUUCCCAAGCUGGAUUUCAUGAUCAUCUUUGUUACUGUCUUUCUAUACAGAGGGAACUGAGGAGCUGCUGAGUACAUUUUCAGGUUGACAUCAUCUAAGUACAAGAGAAACAGAAAGCAGUCCACUGCUCUGAUCCAUUUAAUGCCAAACUUCAGUCGAUAGGAACAAUGCUGUGGAGAGAAGGAGGUUUGGCCUUAAUUGGUCAUGGGCUGGAUUUUAGCCUCCCACAGGACACUUUUCCCUGCUAGCUAAUGAUCUCCAGGAAGCAAAAGGCAAUGCUGCUGUUCACAAUGGGUUACAAGUAUAGUUCAGGUCAGGAGAAUUGGAACCUCAGGCUGAGCACUUAAAACUCCUUGCCUAUAUAUAAAGCAAAACUCCUGUUCCAGGGCUGCCCUGUGUUGAUGAUCUUUAGACUUUGCUCACUGUAAAUGCAAUGUAAAGCACCACCUCUUCUCCACCCUGCAGCUUCUGAACCACCUAAAAUGUUUCUCUGCAGGUGAAAUCACCAGUAGUGGUUUGGGAUGUGGUCUGGUCUGACCCAGCAUCACUGCUGAGCUGUCAGGGUGCUCAGUCUGGAGCUAGCCAUGGUCACAAGCAGGAGAAGGGUCCCUCUGGUCCCCUCAUCCCUGGCAACCUUCCUCUGCCAUCACUGGAAGGUUCCUAACUGGCAGCACCUCCAUGUCUCUCCUCAGUGUACUACGCUGACCUCACAGGAAUGAACGGAAAUGGAGGAGAUUCAGGUGGGCUCAGGCAGAGCAGGGAAAGGAAGGAGGGGUUUCUUCUCUUCUAUCUUUUCCAGGACACAAAGCUAAAGCUGUGGCUGCUGGAAGGCCUGGUCCUUCUAAGGAGGACCAGGAGGCUCCAAACUGCCUGUCUGUGACUUGUGACGGUUUGGACAGCACAAAUGCACUGCCAAACCCUUGUUCUCACACUGUGCUUGUGUUUGUCCCUAGGUAUGCUCCUGUGAGCUGCAGCUGGGUGGGUUUCCUGCAGCUUCCUGUGCUGCAUCCCACAGGAAGGGGAGAGUGAACCAUUUAGCUCCCAAGUGCAGUGUUAGUGCCCUGAUCACUGGACCAUCCUUCCUCCACCUGGCAGAGCCUUUGCUCAUGACUGUUAGGACUGUUCUAACCGAAGCCUGGCCUGAACUGGUGCAGUGAGAGGGCAGGAGGUGAAGCUGGAAGGCAGUCAGUGGAUUGCCCUGUUCUUCUCGGGACAGGAGUGAGUCCAGCAGGCCCUGGGAGGGUCAGCCCUCUUGGUCCACUGCUGUUUCAGGCCAUCUUCAAACCACACGUCUCCACCUCAGCUUUUGCAUUGCAGAUGUGUUUUUCAAGCAGCUUGAUGUUAGUGAGCUAGACCGUAGUGCCUUACUUAGGAUUUAGCAAACACUUCCAAGGAGGAGUCCUAGGGCUGCUAGCCUUUGGCCAAUGUGGAUGUUUCCCUGGGUAGUUUGUCAUUUCAAAAGCAUUUCUCUGAUUUUGCUGCUGUUUGUGCUCAACUCCCUGGACUAUAUAGGAACCUGCCUUGUGUUUACAGCUCCCCACAUCUCUCCUUCAGUUACUUUGGCCCAGACCAGCACUCCCUCUAGAACAAUAUGGGAACAGGGAACAGCUCAAACCUGCAUAUGCUGUGAGAUGGAGAAUGUUUAGGCUUCUCUUCCCAGGUGGGUCUUUUGGGCCUCACCUGCCCAGCCCCUGAAGGCCAAACUUCUUCCUCUGCUGUGGAUGUUUGGCACUAGGAUGUACUGCUGGGAAAAUCCAAGUUUAAGAAAGCAGCA